AUGGCUAAAGUUCCCAGGAAUUUCCGUCUCCUAGAAGAGCUUGAGAAGGGCGAGAAGGGAAUUGGCGAUGGCUCUUGCUCCUAUGGUCUUGAAGAUGGCGACGAUAUCCUGAUGAGCAAUUGGAACGGAACCAUCAUCGGUCCUGGCCAUACUGUCCACGAGAACCGCAUCUAUAGUCUCAAGAUCACCUGUGGUCCAGCUUACCCUGAUGCUCGUCCUGAAGUCGAGUUCAUCUCGCGCGUCAACCUUCCCUUUGUCAAUCAAAUGAACGGCAAAGUAGACCCCGCUAAACUCCCCGUCCUUGCUAACUGGUCAAGGGCUCUCAGCAUCGAGCACGUUCUCGUGGAGAUCCGCAAGGAAAUGGCGUCAUUCAAUAACAGGAAGCUGCCCCAACCUCCAGAAGGAUCGACAUUCUUCUGA